UUCUGGUUUGGAAAGUCAUUCUGUUUCUAUCACGAUAAAGAACUUCUACUGCUUCUUUUAGCAAAAGAAAUCUCUCUCUCUAAAAUGGAGAAGUCGUUCUCUCUCUAUAACAACAAAGAAUUUGCUUUUCCUGGUUUCUGUAGCCCUAGAGUUCUUUCUUUCUCUAAAACAGAGUCGUCUUUCAAUGUUUAUUGCAGGUUUUUGUCGCCCUUUGGUUCCUUCUCUCUCAAAAAAUACAAACUUAGAUUGUCAAUGGCCGCCAUUGAAGAAUUCAAAUUCAGUCCCUCAGAAUUGCAGAAACGUUUGAACCAGCUCAGCUUCAUCUUUCAGUCUAAGCAAUCACUUUCUCUCUCUAGAUUCAAUUUGGUCUCGGACAAUGGUAAAACUAGCUUCUUUAGCAGGUGGUUUUCAUGCUUUGUUUCAUCAUGGAGGGGGCCAAUUAGGGUUUUCAUGGUUCUGCUGCUAUGGCUUUGUUUAAUUGGAGAGAGCAAAGGCGAAGAAGCUCAAAAUUUACAGAGGUACGCAUGCGAAGAUGUUCUUCAUUACUAUGCACCUGUACAAGACUUGAAAGGUGCUCCAUUGAUGGAGAAGCUACACUCCAUUGUAUCUGGUCAUCAAGCUUUGCGUUACAAAGAGGUGUGGGAUGCACGCGAGAUUCUUGAUGCAGCUGAUGUUGAUAACCCAGAAACCUCCUCAGAAGUAAUUGAAAUUUAUACACUGAGAGCUGUACCCAAGAGCUUGGCUGGAAAACCAGAUGGAUGGAACAGGGAACAUCUAUGGCCUCGUUCUUAUGGGCUUAAAGAUGGCUUAUCAGUGACUGAUCUACAUAAUUUGAGACCAGCAGAUGUGAAUGUAAAUUCAUCAAGAGGAAACAAGUAUUACGGGGAAUGUGCUCCUAAGGAAAGCUACUGUAUCAGACCAGCUAACAAGGAAGCUGCUCCUGAUACUGCAACAGACAAGGAAAGAUGGGCACCACCAUUACUGGUCAGGGGUGAUAUAGCACGAUCAUUAAUGUACAUGGCAAUACGUUAUGGGUUACAUCAGCCUAGUGGAGCUCCUGACCUCCAGCUCUCUGAUACACCAAGCAUGGAGAAUGGAAGAAUGGGACUUCUCGCAGCACUGUUACCAUGGAAUGAGAUCGAUCCUCCAUCAAUAUCAGAGCAGCUGAGGAAUGAUAGGAUCUGUGGCCAUUACCAACAUAAUCGAAAUCCUUUUGUUGACCACCCCGAAUAUGCAAAUCUAAUUUGGAAAAUUCCUAACCAACCGAAUUCAGUUGGAUAUGACACCUUUCAAGAUGCAUGGAUAAAUGAGUUUCAUUACAACAACAAAGGGAAAGAUCGAAACGAGUUCGUUGAAGUGGUUGUCAGAGAAUCCAUGGACCCUUCUGACUUUACAGUCGUACUGUAUAAUGGGUCAAAUGGGAGGACAUACAUGUCUCUUCCCUUAACUAAUGGGAGAAUUUUCACCAAGACGAGUGGUGGUUCUGGUUUCUUAAUCUACACAGCAUUUGUUCCACUUCAAAAUGGUCCUUCCGAUGGUAUUGCUUUGGCUUCAAGCAAGCAUGGCAAUACCAACUUCAAAGUAAUUCAGUUUCUUUCUUAUGGGGGUGUUGUCAAAGCAAUUGAUGGACCAGCAAUUGGUAGUGAAUCCAUAGAUAUCAAGCUUAAGGAGACAGCAAUGUCCUCUGAAUAUGAUUCAUUGGGGUUAGAAGGGGAUGGAACUGAGGAAUUUAGAUGGAAGAGGUUCAUGGGUGAAGCUACUCCAGGAAAAUUGAAUCAAGGCCAGAUGAUUAUCAAGGGGCCAUGAAACUUCUAUUUUUUAGUUUGAGGUAAGAUUAAAACCUUUUUUUUCUGGUUUUAAGAUAAAAGUUGAAAAUGCCAUCCUUUGAUCUGGAGAUAACUGGGAAUACCAGGGGAAUUUUUUAAGAGAAGGAUAAAAUAAAAUAAAAAACUAUGGUGAAGCAAUCGAGAUAGUCUGCAUUGCUAAAAGAGCUCGAUUAGCUCCCACGUAUCUGUGAAUUUUUUAUUUUAUGAAUAAGACCUAAACUUUCCAGAAUUUUCAGAUCA